GUGGCGUAGCCCACAUGUGGACUCUGCCUCUGCUUCCAUGCAGCAGGCAAGCGCGCCAGGACCGGCACCUCUCUAACCGCGCAACGCCCCCCGCUUACAAAACAAGGGGCGGAGAGGGGUAGCAGGGGCGGGCUGCGGGGAGGGGCCGCUGCUUCUUGGCCCUGCUCGCUCUUGUCCCCCUCGCCUUUUGCCCCUGUGCCCCGCUCCGGCUUGAGUCGGCCUUGCGCCUUUCUUGCCAGCCAUGCCCAACAUCGUGCUCUUCAGCGGCAGCUCGCACCAGGAUCUGUCCCAGCGCGUGGCCGACCGGCUGGGACUGGAACUGGGGAAAGUGGUAACGAAGAAAUUCAGCAACCAGGAGACCAGUGUAGAGAUUGGUGAAAGUGUCAGAGGGGAAGAUGUGUACAUUAUCCAGAGUGGUUGUGGUGAAAUAAAUGACAAUCUGAUGGAGCUGCUCAUCAUGAUUAAUGCUUGCAAGAUUGCGUCGUCCUCCCGUGUUACCGCAGUCAUCCCGUGUUUCCCUUAUGCUAGGCAAGAUAAGAAAGACAAGAGCCGAGCUCCCAUUUCUGCAAAGCUUGUUGCCAAUAUGUUAUCGGUUUCCGGAGCAGACCACAUUAUCACAAUGGACUUGCAUGCCUCUCAGAUACAGGGGUUCUUUGAUAUCCCAGUGGACAACCUGUAUGCAGAACCAGCAGUGUUGCAGUGGAUCAAAGAAAAUAUUGUGGACUGGAGAAACUGUGUUAUUGUCUCACCUGAUGCAGGUGGUGCAAAAAGGGUCACUUCAAUUGCUGACAGACUUAAUGUUGAAUUUGCCCUGAUUCACAAAGAGAGAAAAAAAGCCAAUGAAGUGGACAGAAUGGUAUUGGUUGGUGAUGUGACUGGUCGUGUCGCAAUUCUUGUGGAUGAUAUGGCAGACACAUGUGGCACAGUUUGUUAUGCAGCGGACAAACUAGUGUCUGCAGGAGCAACUAAGGUUUAUGCCAUCCUUACUCAUGGGAUUUUCUCUGGCCCUGCUAUUUCUCGGAUCAACAAUGCAGCUUUUGAAGCAGUGGUGGUAACAAACACAAUCCCACAAGAAGAAAAAAUGAAACAUUGUCCCAAGAUUCAGGUUAUUGAUAUUUCCAUGAUUUUGGCAGAGGCUAUCCGGAGAACUCACAACGGUGAAUCUGUGUCCUACCUCUUCAGCCAUGUCCCACUAUAACUGCAAACUGAUCCUGGCAAGCUGAACUUAGCAACAACAUAUUAAAAAAAUGCAGCACAUAGUUAAGAUACUGAAUGUCUAUGAAAGUGUCAUACAUCCCCUCUUAUAUGGACAAUAUGUCAUAUCAGUAUAUAAAAUGGACUACUUUUUUGGGUAAAACUUUUUAUAAAUUCUCUUGGGGCUUUAAAUGUGGAAAUAUAACAUUUGAUUACUGAGAUGGGCAAAUAUUUUGUGACAAAGGCCAAAGUUAUCUCAGGAGCUUUUAUGCAACAGAUUUUUUUCACUUAUAGUUAUCAAACCUCACACAGACUCAUAAUAUAGAUUUGCAACAGAUGUUUAAAAAUUGGGUAGUGGGCCUAUAUUUUUGUCCUUCUGAAGACAUUAGUGCCCUGUCUUAAGCUAGCAGAUAAAUUGUUUGUGGGCAGUUUAUAUACUUGUCUUGAAAAUGUCUAUUCAAUAAUGAACAAGUAAAACAUCUUCUGAAA